AAUUUGUAUUUAAUCUUUUUUUUUUUCAUCUACAGGAUUCUUUGCAUCCAUUCCCGACUGCAGAUCCUGCGACUCCCCGUUGACAGUCCACCCAGAGUGCAUGCCAAUCCCGAUCCCAUCAGGAGACCCCUUCUAUCCACGAAGGAAUGUGAGUACUGGGGAGAGGGUGUGCCUGCCAUUUAUGCGAUCUCUACCUGGUCAACAUAGGCUGGGUCCACGCGAACAAAUAAACCAAAAUACAGCGUACUUGGACGGCUCUCAGAUUUACGGUGAACAUGCCUGCCUUGCACGGGAACUCAGGGGCUUCGGUGGUAAGAUGAAUGCUACAAGGCAUCCUACCCAAGGCAAAGACCUUCUUCCGAUAUCGCCCAGCCAUCCGGAAUGUAAAGCGCCUUCUGGAUAUUGCUUUAUUGGCGGGGACGGUAGAGCCAGCGAGCAGCCGGGCCUGACGGCAAUGCACACCAUUUACCUGAGGGAACACAACAGGCUGGUCGACGGCCUGCGAGGAGUGAACCCUCAUUGGGGCGAUGAGAAGCUGUUCCAAACCGCAAGGAAGAUAACGGUAGCUUCCUACCAGCACGUCCUCUACAAUGAGUUCCUCCCGAGGAUCUUAGGUUGGAACGCUAUAAACUUAUACGGACUCAAGUUGAACAGUCAGGCUUACUAUAAAGGUUAUAGCUCAACUUGUAAUCCAACUAUAGUGACAGAAUUCGCGACGGCAGCUUACAGGAUUGGCCACAGCUUACUAAGGCCUCAUAUUCCAAGGAUGGGGACUUCUUACAAUCCUGUGGAACCCGCAAUCUUACUCAGGGACCAUUUCUUCAAUCCCGAUAUCAUUUACCAGCCUCAUAUCAUCGAUGAUAUUAUGAGAGGCCUGGCUUCAACCCCGAUGGAAAGCUUGGAUCAGUUCAUCACAGGUGAAAUAACUAAUCAUCUUUUCGAAGAUAGAAGGAUACCACACUCUGGAAUGGAUCUUCCAGCCCUGAAUGUACAAAGAGCCCGAGACCAUGGGAUCCCGCCAUACAACGAAUACAGAUCCCUGUGCAACCUCAAACGUGCCGUAACCUGGGACGACCUCAGCAGAGAGAUACCGGCGGAAGUGAUCGCUCGACUGCGAUUGAUCUACCCGACAGUGAACGACGUGGACCUCUUCCCCGGCGGGCUCAGCGAAAGGCCCCUUCAAGGCGGGCUGGUCGGACCGACAAAUCCUCGUGUGAAAUGUAAUUCUUUACCCACAAUUGAUCUAAAUGCAUGGCGGGAAACAGCACAAACAGGCUGCCAAAUAGCAGGAAGAACUGUAGCUGUUGGAGAGUCUUACAUACCCACACCAUGCACCAGUUGUAUCUGUACUCCAGAAGGAGCUCAAUGUGCUUCUUUGAGAGUAACAGACUGUGACCGAUUGCUGAGAGAGGCUGGGAUGGAAGCUGUCCUGGAAGAUGAAGUAUGCUCAUCCCAAUGUGGAGAAUACCUGACCAGACAGACUUCUGUAAUCCCUUCAGUGUCCCUUACAACACGAAGGCCGAGAACACAUAAUGGAGGGUUCCUGCCUACCUCACUGGUACCACCGCCACCUGUCAGGCAGAACAAGAGAAGGCCCCACCUUAGGCCGUUUGAUGUACCUCCUCCGCUGUUAGUGUAGUAGUAAUCAUGGAAUUUUUUAACAAAGGCUACCUUGAUUUGGUUUGAUUUUUUACCAAGAAAUUUUAAUGUUACAAGUUCCUGUGCAAUGGAAAACUGCACGGUCAUUGUAAAGCUUCAUUUAUGUGUCAUUAUUGUAACCAACGAAACCUCUGUAUUGUAAAUUUGGCACCACAGCGGUAUUGUUUCAAAACUUAACUGGAUGCACCCAGUUACAUUGUAUUUCUAAUGUAUAUUAGUUGUAUAGUUUUUUAUAUGUGAUAAUCAAUUAUAUAUAUAUUUCUUUUAUUUGAUCAUGAAGGGGAUGAGAAAGUUGCUGGACUGAAGAUUUGGUAUUAUAAAAUGAAACUGCUAUUCACUAUAUAAAAUAUGUUAUAUAAUAAAUGAUACUCAAUGUUUAACUUUUGAGAUAUAAUAAUCCAUAAUUAAAAUAACAGAGUAUAUUUUUAAAAAAUCAUGUUUUAAAAAACGAUAUGCAAAAUAAUUUUUAAUGAGCUAAAAAGUUAAUUAAUUAAUAGUUUACUUAAUUGAAUUAAUUAUACACAAAUAUUUUUCAAUUAACUUUUUGUAUUUUUGAAUACAAAUAGUCUCUUUUAUGAUACUGAACCCUAGUAUGUGGAAGUUAUGAUUUAAAGUUGUCUCUUAAACUGAGAAUAGGAAUGGUCAAAUAUAUGUCUGUAAAUAUUUUUUAUUAACUUUCAAUUUUAGCAUAAGUUAAUGUUUUUAUAUGUUUGUUUUUUUUUUAAAUAAUGACGUAAUAUUCAGUCAUGCUCAAUGAACAAUUUAUACAAUUACAUUUUUUUUCUGCCCCAAGUAGAAUUCCAGUCGUAAGUUCUCUUGCUAUAAAGAAAGGCAGUUUCAAAGAAAAAUCAUUCAAUAUCUUGGUAUAUUUCAUGUAGUUGUAGCAAAUAAUGUUAAAUUAUCACUAAGAGCAAUUUAAUUUAUUUAAGCACAUAAAUCGCAUACAUAACAACUAAUUAUACCAACAAUUGAAUGGUUUGUUCCUUGCUGGUUAAAGGUUAAUUAUAAAUUCAAUCCUAUUCAACACAUGAGUUACCUCCUCUUCAAUGGAUAAAUAUGCCAUUUUUGUGCCAAUGAUAUAUAAAGAAAUCUUUCUCCAAAAUGUUAUGUUAAUAAUUCUCUGAUACCAUUUACACUUAACAGAUGGAACUUCCAGUUUUGUAAAUAUGAUUAUUAUUUUAAAAGAGUUAUAAGACUUCAAAAUUGAAAUAUAUAUUUGUAAUUGGACAAAUGUAAUUUAUUAUAAUAAAUAAGUGAUUAAAAAAUGUUUUUUUUUUUUUUUACUUUUAUUUCAUCCUUGAGAACUAAAUUUCAACCAAAGUAGCAGGCAGGACCUUAUUUUUUCUUAUUAUUAUUUUUCUUAACACUAGAUUUAUAAAUAUCAUGCUAAAAUAUUUGGAGACUACAUCCACUAGCGGAUCCAGGAUUUAAUUUUGGGAGGCUUCAGCUCGAAAGCUUUUUUCUUUCAUAAAAAUGAUGAUAAUUACUUUGGAAAAAAAGAAACUAUCUAUAUGAAAUGGUAUUUAAGUGAUUCCUUAAGUCCUUUUAAAUGUAAUUACACGAACAAUAAUACUUUAACAGAUAAUUUUUUAAUAUAUUUUUCCAUAAAACAUGGUUAUAUUUUACCAUUUUGGGGGGAGGCUUCAAUCCGAAAGCCCCUCCCCCCCCACCUCGUAGAUCCGCCGAUGGCUACAUCUACAUCAUGGAGGCCACAUGCGGCCUCUAGGCUUCCCUACCUAUGGUAUGGCCCAUUUGAAUGUGUGGCCUCAUCCACCAUUGUGAACAAAGAGAUUAAGUGAGUUAGGAUUUAUGUGGGCUAGGAUAUAUUUUCAAAAGUUGACUUUUAGCAUGCUUGCAGGUAAUUAGUUCUCAUGAGUGCUUUUUUCAAUAUAAUAUUUUGCUGAAAGGAAUGUUCGUAUUGAGAGCAAUGUUACACGCACCUUUUUUAAAUUGUUUCUAGAUUACCAAACCUCAGAUGUUUUCAUAAGCUCAAUUGGGACAGACUAUAUUGACAAGAAGUUG